AUGUCAAACAACGAUUACAAUUUAAAAUAUAAACCAGCUCCAUGGUAUAGAUUACUUAGUUACGACUUUUUAUUAUGGGCUUUAUCAAUUGUCUUUGAUUGUUUUUUCAGAGAGAUUCGACCUAGAGGAGCAUUCAAAAUUCCAAGAGAUGGUCCAGUAAUGUUUGUUGCAGCUCCUCAUCAUAAUCAAUUUGUUGAUCCUAUAAUUUUAAUGAAUCAAGUUAAAAAAGAAGCUAAUAGACGUAUAUCAUUUUUAAUUGCUGCAAAAUCUUAUCAAAAGAAAAUAGUUGGUUCAUUAGCGAAAUGUCAAUUAAGUAUACCAGUUGUUAGACCUCAAGAUACUUUGGUGAAAGGAACAGGUAAGAUUUACGCUGAUUCGGAUGAUCCUUGCAGAAUUUAUGGUAAGGGCACCAAGUUUACAACAGAGUGUAUGGAUAGAGGAUUAAUAGCAUUGCCUCAAUCAUUAGGAGCAACUGAAAUAUCAGAAGUCAUAUCGGAUACAGAAUUGUUUGUACGUAAAGAAUUUAAACAAACCCAACAAAUUAAGUUAUUAUUAUCUCAAGGAACAUCUUUUAAAAAAGCUGAUAAAAUUGAUCAAAAAGAUGUUUACAAAAUGGUUUUUGAUCAUUUAUCUGAUAAUAAUUGUAUUGGAAUUUUCCCUGAAGGUGGUUCACACGAUCGUCCUACAAUUGGUCAAAUUAAAGCAGGUUCGGUAAUUAUGGCAUUGGGAGCAAUGGAAGCUGAUCCAAAUUGUGAUGUGAAAAUUGUUCCAUGUGGUAUGAAUUAUUUUAAUGCUCAUAGAUUCAGAUCGAGAGCAGUAAUUGAAUUUGGAGAUCCAAUAACGAUACCAAGGGAGCUAGUUAAAAAAUAUUCAAAUCCUGAAACUCGUAAAGAAGCAAUUAAAGAUUUAUUAGAUACUAUAACUGAUGGUUUAAAAGCUGUUACAGUAUCUUGUGAAGAUUAUGAAACCUUAAUGUUGGUUCAAGCAGCAAGAAGAUUAUACGCAGGAAAUUUUGCUCAACAAUUACCAUUACCUUUAAUUGUUGAAAUGAAUAGAAGAUUAUUAAUUGGUUAUCAACAUUAUUCGAAUGAACCUAAAAUUAUAGAAGUUAAAGAGAAAGUAUUGGAAUAUAAUGAAUUAUUGAAAAGUUUGUAUUUACCAGAUCAUCAUGUUGAAGAUUGUCAAGAAGAAGUUAACAAAGCAAAGAUUAUUCCUAUUCUUAUUUAUAGAGUUCUUAAGUUGAUCAUUUUGUUUACGCUAGCCUUACCUGGGGCUACUUUAUUUUCACCAGUGUUUUUAAGUUCUAAAGUUAUAUCACAACAAAAGGCAAAGGAAGCAUUAGCUAAUUCGACAGUAAAAAUAAAAGGUAAUGAUGUUAUCGCGACUUGGAAAAUCUUAGUUGCUUUAUUAAUUGCACCAAUUGUUUAUUCAUUUUAUGCUACAUUAGGAACUUAUUAUUGUGCAACUCACAAUUAUUUAUCAUCAUUUGGAUUAUUAACGAUGUGGAUUUUCCUUUACUUAUGUGGUGUACUUGUGACAUAUAGUGCUUUAUUAACAGGAGAACAAGGAGUUGAUUUAUUUAAAUCAAUUAGACCAUUGUAUUUAUCAAUUACAUCUGGAUCAUCCAUCAAACGACUUAAAAAAAUGAGACAUGAAUUGAGUGAAGAAAUUACUGAAUUAGUCAAUGAAUUUGGUCCUCAAUUGUUCCCUAAAGAUUUCAAUUUGUUAGAAAUUAAAAAAUCAUUAAACUUGACAGAUGACAUCAACUAUGUUGAUUCGGAUGAAGAAGAAGAGAAAAAGACUCAAGAUUUAAGAAGUAGAAGACUUGAACAUAAAAAAUUACAGAAAAGAUUAAGAGAAAAUACAAAGAAUCACAAUUUAGAACCGGAACUUAUGUCAGAAAGUAUAUCUCAUUCAUCUUCAAUAUCAGAUGGUAUUUCAUUACUUGACUCUACUGCAAAUUCAUACACUAAUUUGCCUAUUUUCAGCGACCAUAGUUUACAUCAAAAUGUUAACAACAAAGCUUUAACACUAGAUCCUCAAUCAAAUUUCAAUUCAAGCCUUUCCUUAUACGAUGAUCACAAGCAUCAUCUUGAUCCUAAUCAAUCACAUAAUAAUUUAAACCAUAGUUAUGUUAGUUCUCCAUUAAGAGGUAAAUCUGCCACAUUAAAUUCUAAUUCAAGUUCGUCGUUAUCAAAUAUGAAAAGAAUUCCUUCUGAAGAUCAUAUGGAAUUAAAUUUUACGAAUAAAAAUAUGUCUUUAAAAAACAGGAUUAAAGAUAAAAUGAGAAAAAACAGACAACUUUGA